CGAGACUUGGCAGGGUUCUAUCGUAGCUCCCUUUGUCUGUUUGCUCAGCUUUGCGCAAAGGAAAUAAAACAUACCCCGAGUGUAGGAGCUUAGCUUCAGUGCUAAAUAACAAAAUCUUAAAAGAAAACAUUAUUUCGCAGUAAGCUAAGGGCAAAGGUGCACUGCAAUAUUUGAGGCGUUUCCAAAAAUUUGGAAAUAAUUGUGCUGUCCUUGUUUUUUCGGACUGGACCUUUAAAUUUUUUGUGGCAAGAGAUGACCAUCCGACUUGAACUCAAGUGUUUUGUUAUUUUAUAUGUGAAUGAAGAUGAGUCUGACUUGUUUGCAUUUUCCAAUUCUCAAGGAGACUCCCUAGUGGCUGGACCUACAAAUGGAACUACAUAUGACCAAAGUGCUAAAGAAAAACUUUGCACCUCAAGCCCUACGAUUGGACUGUGUAGUUUUGUUUUUACACGUGAAAGUUUUAAACUUCUGGAAUUAAGAGCCGACACCAAGACGAUGUGGUCUCGAGUGGGAAAUGGAUGUUUUGGACUUAGAAAAGGAAGUUAGAUGACUUUCCAAACUCCUAAACCCAUGUCUUCUCUCUUGGAGGUGUGUCUACAGAAUACUUUAGAUUACAAUUCAAGAUCGACUCCAUUGACACAGGCUUGUCAUCGUAUGUUUAGGUCAAUGGGAGCAUAAAGACAUUUUGCAAACCCUUUUGUUUCCAAAUGCAAGACUUCUAACUAUUAGGGAGUUUAAUGUUCUAAAAACAGAGGAUGGAUUGUUGUUCAGCCAUUUUGUUCAGCAAUGCUCCAAAAGCUUGCAUUCAACAGCGAAUGUAACGAAGGCCUGGAUGUUGACUACCUAACCUCUCCAAGCACGACGUGAACGGUAACAGGACAGUGCCACCAUUCCCAGAGGGAUUGCAGAUGGUCCUAUUUGGCAUGGGCUGUUUUUGGGGUGCAGAGCGGAAGUUCUGGAAGCAAAAAGGGGUCUACUCCACCCAAGUGGGCUACUCCGGGGGUUACACCCCAAACCCUACCUAUGAGGAGACAUGCACAGGUAAAACAGGACACACAGAGGUGGUUCGCGUGGUGUAUGAGCCAGAGAAAAUCAACUUUGCCCAGUUGCUCAAGGUAUUCUGGGAGAGCCAUGAUCCCACACAAGGAAUGCGUCAGGGCAACGACGUUGGUACAACCUAUCGAUCGAGCAUCUACGCAUAUAUGGAGGAACAACUCGAGCAGGCAUUGCACUCGAAGGACGAAUAUCAAAAGGUGCUGACUGAACAGGGUUUCGGAGCUAUAACCACGGAAAUCGCAAUGGCCAAGGAAUUUUAUUACGCUGAGGACUACCACCAGCAGUACCUUAGCAAGAACCCCAAUGGAUACUGUGGACUGGGCGGCACUGGGGUCUCCUGUCCAAUAGGACUGAAGAGUAAAAAUUAAUGCAUGGGGGGCGUCGGACUGGGGGGGUAAAGGGUACCGAGUACCCAGGGCCCGAGGCAGGGGGGGCCCCUUAGAAGUCAGUUUUCUAUACAUACAUAUUUGGUACGGGGGCCCAGCAAGAUGGUUUGUACCCAGGGCCCAAAAUUUGGUGCUACGCCCCUGUGCAUGUCUCCUGUCCUCUGAUUGGACAAAUUUACAGCAUAUUAACUUGCCUUAUCUAAAAACAAUCACCACUGCAAUACUCAGGCCAACAGGUCAAUGUUGAAUAAAAAUGUAAUUGUUAUAAUGCCACUGUCGGUUUAAGAGUUUUUCUUUUUGCUUUUUUGUAUCUGUGCAUGUGUGUGUGUUUGUGGUGUAAUGCACACCAAACUAUUUAUCAAGGCAAGUCAGUCCACUCGGCCGCCAUCUUGGGAACGCUCACCAGCAGUGUUUUCUAUGGAUACAAGUGGCAUAAAAGUACAGCUCUUGAAUAGAGAAAGCCAGAAAUCUCCAAAACAAUUUGGUCAAGAUUAUGAUCAAAGCAUAUAUUUCAAAUCAGCAGUAAACUUUGCAAACACAAAUUUUCAGUCUGGUCCUGCUAAUGCGCUUUUUCUUUCUUGAGUUGACUGAGAAGUGAUGUCUGUAUCUAAAAGGUUACUGGCCCUUUUACCUGUAAGGCAGGACUUCCUUUUUGUACAUCCGCCAUAUUGUGUUACAUUUUCUCUAAUUGCUUUUUUCUCUCAAGUGAAUACAAGUAGAGACUAUUUAACAGAGACGGGCCACUUCUAUUAAUAAAAUGAAUGGGAGAAAUUGGAACACCCCAUUGUCAACAGAUGUAGAAAGGAAAUCCCGCCUUACAGGUAAAAGAGCCAAUCCCCUUCCAGCGUUGUCAGAUUUUUACUGCUAAUAUAAAAUAUUCAAUAUUCAAUAUUCAUAUUAUAAUAUAUCAUAAUCUUGGUCAACUGUUUUGGAGACUUCGGUCUUUCCUUCACUCAAGUAGAUAGGAGCUGCACUUUCAUGACUGGAAAUAGCUUUCCGGAAGCAUUCCAAAGAUGGCCGCCAGUGGAUUGACUUGCUAGAAAGACUUUGAUACAAGUGCUAUAUAUACAGCUCUGGAAUA